AUGGAUUUUGAUCAAGAUCAAACAAUUGGGUCUAAGGAACUAACACAAAUCAUCAAAGGCAAGCGUACCAAGCGACAAAGACCAUCUUCGCCGCUAACGUUAGCCUUAACUUCUAGCUCAUCUAGCGGCGGAGAAAGUGGAGGUGAACGUGAAAGAAUCUACAACAACUCGUUAUCGUCUCCUAGCACCUCAGUUGAAUUCAAGGCAGGGAAUGGGGAGGAAGAAGACAUGGCCAAUUGUUUGAUUCUUUUGGCUCAAGGCAACCAAAACUGCAAAUUAUUGUCUAAGCCUAUGGCUAUUGCAGCAACAACUACUAAUACGUUUAUCGACAAGGAUGUGGGGUUAUAUGUUUACCAAUGCAAGACAUGUAACAGGCGUUUCCCUUCAUUUCAAGCGCUUGGUGGACAUAGAGCGAGUCACAAGAAACCAAAACCUGCCCAACCCGGUAAUAUUGACGCAGACAAGAAGGCGUUGACGACGGUACGAAUGGGCCAAGAGGAAAUUAAUCGAAAGAAUAUUGAUAUGAGCACAACCCUUUCGUUGCAGAUAGUAAAUGACAGGAUUCUGAGUAGUACUAAUGUGAAAUCUAAUAAGGUCCACGAGUGCUCUAUAUGCGGUGCUGAGUUUUCGUCUGGUCAGGCUUUAGGUGGUCAUAUGAGACGGCAUAGGGCUUUUGCCACCACUUCAACCACCACCACCACAACAACAACUAUGAAUUUGGGAAGCAGUCCUGAUCACGAGUCCCAAGAAUCCAAGAAACCAAGAAAUAGCCUCCAACUAGAUCUUAAUCUUCCGGCACCCGAAGAUGAUCUCCGAGAAUCCAAGUUCAACUUUGCAUCCAAGGAACAAGUUCUUGUCUUCACAGCUUCUCCCUUGGUUGAUUGCCAUUACUAA